AGUUAGUUUGAAAUCUUGUGUGCAAGAUAUAUAAAAUGCUGCUGCUUAUAAUUUACAUAUUUAUAGGGAUGUUUUUCGCGUUCUUUUUAAAAUGUUCUUUUUGGAGAUAUAAGUAUAGCAGGUUGAUGCCAGGAAGAAAACCGAGUGUCUUUAAUAUUCUUGGAGAUAUUGGGGAAUUGAUAGAUUUUAGACAUUUAGGAUCUACAGACUCGAUACAUCUCAAAUUUAUGGAAACAAUGAGAAAUCUAAAUAAAACUUAUCAGAAGGACCAUUUGUUCUGUACCUGGAUUUUAUACACGCCUUUUGUAUUUCUUGUCAAAGCUGAGGCUGUAAAGGAAGCCCUGAGUGGAAAUAAGAUGAAAGAAAAGAGUUGGGUUUAUAAAUUCGCAAAACAUUUAUUUGGUUAUGGUUUAGCUACGAGUCCACAUGUUAUAUGGAAGCCACGACGCAAGCUGCUAAACCGUUGUUUCCAUCCUGAUAUUUUGAGAGGCUUCUUGCCGGUUUUUAAUGAACAUGCUCAAGAACUCGUUAAGGUUUUUCGAGAAUCUGAAAAUGAAUUCACUGAAAUAUCUCAUACGAUAGCCCUUUGUGCUCUGGAUACAAUUUGUGAAACUGCUUUCGAUGUAAAGCUUAAUACUCUUGGAAAUAACGAAUCACAAUAUGCGAAUGCAGUUCGAAGGUUGUGCGAUAUUGUUCUGUACAGACUGUAUUCAUUUUGGCUGUGGCCAGAGGUCAUAGCUUGGAAUACGCCACUCGGUAAAGAAGCCAAAGUUCACCUUAAAUUCUUGAGCGAAUUCACAGAAAAGGUAAUUCGUGAGAAGAAAGAGCGCUAUUUAUCUCUUGGACCUGGAGCUGACAAAGGAAAGCACCAAGCAUUGUUAGAUGUAAUUCUGAAAUUGCACUUAGUUGAACAUGAAUUGACAGAAGAAGAUGUCAAACACGAAGUAGACACAUUUGCUUUAGCGGGCCAUGAUACAGCAGCAGUUACUGUUACCUGGGCACUCUACCUCAUAGGUCUUUAUCUUGAUGUCCAAGUAAAGGUUCACGAAGAACUCGAUAGAAUUUUUGGCAAAAAUAUUGAUAAAGAUAUUACUGAAAAUGACUUGAAUGAUCUCUGUUAUCUGGAUUGUGUCGUAAAAGAGACCCUCAGACUGUAUCCUGCUGUGCCAAUCUUCGGAAGACAAGUCGAAGAAGAUACCACCAUUUGCGGAUAUACCUUACCCAAAGGAGCAUCUUGCUUUAUCUUAAGUUACUUCUUACACAGAGACGAAGACGUAUUUCCCGAUCCAGAAAAGUUUGAUCCAAAUCGGUUUUCACCAGAAAAUGCCAUAAAAAUACCUGAGUAUGCCUAUAUACCUUUUUCUGCUGGUCCAAGAAAUUGCAUUGGGUACAGAUUCGCAACAAUGGAAGUUAAGAUUCUUCUUGCAACUAUCUUGAGAAAUUUCACUGUUGAAUCUUUAGAAGAAAGGGACAAAGUGCUACCAGUAAUGCAAAUUGCAUUACAUCCCUCAUCACCAGUUUAUGUCAAAUUUAGAUCACGGUCAACACAGGAGAUUUAAAGAUCAUUGUAUUGCUUAUCUGUGAAAAAAAUGUAGAAUAAAAUAAGGAUUUCUUUUUGUCUCACAUAAAUAUAUAAUG